UCCGAGUCAACCCAAGGAUCCGAACUUGGGCACCAUCUGGCAGACUGGCACCUUCAUUGCCCAUUGGCCCCUUUUCAUUCAUGGAUCUGAAAUCAGCCACCUCUCAGUAGCGCAACGCGCCACCGCCAUCUUCCGCCGGGACCACCGCAAAUUGUAAAACCUGUAAGGAGUAAUGGAGGAGUACCCAGAUGAACUCCGGACUCCACCGAUUGCUCUGGUAACUCUAGUUGGGUGCCCGGAUCUGCACUCAUCGAUCACAGCACACCUCCAUGCGGAGCAGCCUCCGAUUAAUGCUCUGGCGCUACCGGAUUUCUCCAAGAUAUCGAUACUAUCAAAGCAUCCCAAGGACAAUUCAGCUCCAGCACAAACAGUCGGUGGCAUCUUAAAGAGAGAUUGGCUUUCCAAGCAUCGGACUAGAGUUCCUGCCGUUGUGGCUGCCAUUUUUAACUCCGAUCACAUAUCCGGAGACCCCGCUCAGUGGCUUCAGGUCUGCACUGAUCUUGAAAACCUCAAAGCAGUGAUACGAGGAAGAAAUAGCAAAUUGGUAGUGGUGGUCGUUGUAUCUCAUUCAAAGAGUAAAGAUGAACUCAGUGAAGAUCGUAUGACUUCCUUGAGAAAGCGUGCAGAAUUGGACUCAAAACACCUUAUUAUAUUUGUCCCAGAUGAGCCAUCAGAGCUUCACCAGUCCUUAAACAGGCUGACAAGUGCAUUUGCAGAACUGGCGAAUGGAUAUUACAAAGAUGAAGGACGAAGAAUUAAAACACGGCUCGAGAAGAAAAACUUUACAUCUACAGAGUUAAACAUUCAAUAUUGUUUCAAAGUUGCUGUAUAUGCAGAGUUCCGUAGAGAUUGGGGUGAAGCUUUGAGGAUGUACGAGGAUGCAUAUCAUGUGCUCAGAGAAAUGGUUGCUACAUCAACAAGAUUACCUCCGAUUCAACGUUUAGUUGAGAUCAAAAGUGUUGCUGAGCAGCUGAAUUUUAAGAUCUCAACAUUGUUACUACAUGGUGGAAAACUUUUAGAGGCAAUUACAUGGUUUCGGCUGCAUACUUCUUCUUACAGGCGACUUGUAGGGGCACCAGAAAUCACCUUUCUUCACUCGGAGUGGUUGAGCAGGCAAUUUUUGGUGUUCGCGGAACUGCUAGAGACAAGCUCUGCCACUAAUCAGAAUACUUCAUCCGUAGUUUCAAGCAAUGCAGAUACACCAACUGAGUGGGAAUUUCAUUCGGCUUAUUACUUCCAGUUAUCCGCACAAUACUUGAAGGAGAAGAGUGUUGCUUUGGAACUUGCCCUUUCUAUGUCAGAGCAUUCAGAUGAGAUAGAUAGCAGUGCAGAGUCUGUGAUGGCUUCGACGUAUACCGGUCAGUUUGGGAGGCUUCUUGAACAUGGAGAAACUCUUGCCAUGCAACCUCUUACCGAUGAAGAAUAUGUGCGUUAUGUUUUAUCUGAAGGGAAAAGAUUCCAAGAUUCCUAUGAAAUUAUAGCACUUCUUAAAAAAUCAUCCCAAGCAUACAACAGCAGUAAAGCCCUCAGGAUGGCAGCAUACUGUGAACAUCAAAUUGCCAGGGAGCAUAUUUCUAUGGGACAAUUUAGUAAUGCAAAAGAGAUCUUAGACAAUGUCACAAAUCUCUAUCGACAGGAAGGAUGGGUAACCUUGUUAUGGGAUGCCUUAUGUUACUUGCGGGAAUGCUCAAGGAGAUGUGGAACCGUGAAAGAUUAUGUUGAGUAUUCACUUGAAAUGGCUGCACUACCAAUAUCAAGUCUUCCACAAAGAGAAACUAUACACAAGGAAGUGCUUGCAGUUGUCAGAGGGGAGGAAUCAGGGAGUGAAGAGAAUGGACUUAGAGUACAUGCUGAUAAGCCUCUUUAUCUUGAGAUUGAUCUUGUGAGCCCCCUCAGGGCAGUACUUCUUGCAUCAGUUGCUUUUCAUGAACAAAUAAUUAAGCCCGGAGCGCCAACAAUGGUUACUCUGUCUCUGCUGUCACAGUUACCCCUUAAUGUUGAGAUUGAUCAGUUAGAGAUUCAAUUUAAUCAGUCCGAAUGUAACUUUAUCAUCGUGAACGGUCAAAGGUCCCACUUAGCCGCAAUUUCAUGUGUGCAGCCUGGUCGCCGAGUUAAGACUGCUCCUACCUUGGAACUCAUCACAAACAAAUGGGUGCGGCUAACAUAUGAGAUAAAAUCUGAGCUCAGCGGGAAACUGGAGUGCAUAUAUGUGAUUGCCAGAAUGGGGCUGCAUUUCGUAAUAUCAUGCAGAGCUGAAAGUCCUGCCUCGAUGAACGAUCUACCUCUAUGGAAGUACGAAGACAGAGUUGAAACCACACCAACCAAGGAUCCCAGUUUAGCAUUUUCCGGUCAAAAAGCUGUCCAGGUUGAAGAACCGGACCCACGAGUUGAUUUAAGCUUGAUCUCAUCUGGCCCCGCAUUUGUUGGUGAGAGAUUUGUUGUUCCCGUUAUUAUUAAUUGCAAGGGUCAUGCAGUCCAUUCCGGUGAGCUAAAGAUUAAUCUGGUGGACACAAAAGGUGGUGGCUUGCUUAGUCCCAGGGAGGCAGAAUCAUUCUCAGUAGAUAAUCUCCAUGUGGAGCUUGUUGGCCUAUCUGGACAAGCAGAUCAAUCUGAAGACAAUUCUGAGAAUACACAUAAAAUCCAACCCUCGUUCGGAUGGGUUUCUGUUCCUUUUCUGAAUGAAGGAGACUCGUGGUCUUGUAAAUUGGAUAUUAGAUGGAACCGCCCUAAACCCAUCAUGCUUUACGUGUCACUGGGUUACUACCCACUUGGCACCGAAAAGAGCACACAGAAAGUCAAUGUGCAUAAAAGCUUACAAAUUGAAGGGAAGACUGGUAUUAUGAUGAGUCAUCAGUUCAUGUUGCCGUUCCGGCGAGACCCGCUUCUCCUAUCAAAGAUCAAGCCAUCAGCUUCUGAAGACCAAACUUUACCUACUCUGCCCUCAAAAGAGACCAGUUUUCUCAUUGUCACUGCUAAGAACUCCACAGAAGUGCCUCUACUCUUAGUUUCAAUGUCUACAGAGGCCAACGAUGGGGAUGUCAUAAUGGGUCCCACACGCCUCGUCGCUGGAGAAGAAUUCAAGAAAGUUUUUCCUGUUACCCCCGAUGAAACACCUACAGUAUUGAAAAUGGGAACAGUGUGGUUGAGAUGGAGAAGGGAUUCUGGAAGUCAUAGUUCUGAUGAGGUUUUGACCAAACACAGCCUUCCAGAUGUGAGAGUAGAGUCUCCUCCUCUAGUUCUGAGCUUACAUGUUCCUCCUCACGCCAUACUCGGUAAUGCGUUUUCGUGUUCAGUCAGAAUCAGCAACAGAACGCCGCUUCUCCAGGAGAUUAAGUAUUCUUUGGCGGACUCGCAGAGUUUUGUUCUGUCUGGGUCCCACAAUGACACAAUUUGUGUCCUGCCCAAAUCUGAGCAUCUUCUCAAUUAUAAAGUUGUACCCCUUGCCUCGGGGUUUCAGCAGCUUCCUAGGAUCACUGUGACAUCUGUUAGAUACUCGGCUGAGUUCCAACCUUCAGUUGUGGCUGCCACUGUUUUUGUGUUCCCUUCCAAGCCUCGUUUUAAGUCAAAAAGUUAUGCAGUAGAGACAAUAGAGGGAUCAUCGGUUGGAGCUGAACAGGUUAUUAGUUAAUGGAACAUUAUUUUGUAUCUGUUGCAACUUUAGUUUAUUGAUUAAUUGAGCAAAUUCAUCGGUUACUAACUAAAGUUAUAUUAUUAGAACUAAAAUUACAAAAAUAUGUGACCUCCCCAACCUGCAUGACACAUGGGCAAGGGCUAGCCGGCUAGGGGGACAAUAACUAGUAUUGUUCUAAAAUUUCAGGACAAUCUCUAUUAGAGCCUUCAAAUUGUUCCAAAACUUCAUGACCCCUUCUAAAUGCCAAGUCUCUAGCUCUAUAAUCUACUUGUGAUUUUUCCAGUUUAUGUAUAUUGUAGACAUUGUUUUAUCUUCACUUUAAUGAUUUAA